UUCUUUCCAUAGUCGCCAUGUUUCAAAUUUACUGAUUGGACUUGAAGGGGGUAUUUUUGUGAUUUCAUACCCUCCCUCCCCACCCUUCUCUGCUCCAACUCCAUUACUCUGUUCGUUCUUCUUCUCCUCUUCUCAGCUCAUUCACCAACACUUCCACUUCCACUUCCACUUCAUUCUCUUCAUUCUCUUCAUCUUUUCACUUUCAAUGGCCUCUCGGAUUCCAUCUCACCAGCUGAGUAGCGGCCUCUAUGUCUCCGGCCGCCCUGAACAGCUCAAGGAGCGGCAGCCGACAAUGGGCUCACGCGCCGUACCUUACACUGGCGGGGACAUCAAGAAAUCCGGGGACCUUGCUAAAAUGUUUGACAUUCAUGUUGAUUCUCCAACUUCCGCUCCUCCUCACUCCAAAUCCUCUCGCCCUUCCUCCUCCUCUCAGCACAACAGCGGAUCGGUCCGAUCCGGCCCUAAUUCCGGACCUGUCAUUAAGCACUCCAAUUCCGGUCCGAUCUCCAAGAAAUCUUCCGGCCCGAUUUCGCUUCAGCCCACCGGGCUUAUCACCUCUGGCCCUAUUGGAUCCGGUCCCCUUGGAUCGUCCGGCAGCGUCGGUGGAGGACGCCGCUCCGGUCCACUGGAGCAGACGACGUCAUUUGGGAAGACGAUGUACGGGUCGGCGGUGACGAGUAUAAGCGAGGAUGUGAAAAUAGGGUUCAAGGUUUCGAAGGCGGUGGUAUGGGUGUUUCUAGGAGUUUUAGCCACCGGUUUGUUGGUUGGCGCGUUUCUAAUGGUAGCGGUGAAGAAGCCGAUUCUACUGGUGGCAGUGGGAGGGAUACUGGUCCCGGCGGUGGUUGCGGUUCUUUGGAAUAUUGCUUGGGGUAAAAAGGGACUGAUAGGGUUUGUACGAAGGUAUCCGGAGGCUGAGCUCAGAGGUGCUAUUGAUGGACAGUACGUGAAGGUCACUGGGGUGGUCACCUGCGGUAGUAUUCCACUAGAAUCAUCUUACCAGAGAGUACCCAGGUGCGUUUAUGUGUCUACAGAGCUGUAUGAGUAUAAAGGAUGGGGAGGAAAACCUGCAAAUCCUAAACACCGCUGCUUUUCUUGGGGAUCUAGAUAUUCUGAGAGAUAUGUAGCUGACUUUUACAUAUCAGACUUCCAAUCUGGGUUAAGAGCACUGGUGAAAGCAGGGUAUGGUGCCAAGGUUGCUCCGUUUGUUAAACCCUCAACAGUUGUCGAUGUGACUAAAGAAAACCGAGACUUGUCUCCAGGCUUCCUACGCUGGCUGGCAGAUCGCAAACUCUCUUGCGAUGACAGAGUGAUGCGCCUUAAAGAAGGGUACAUCAAGGAAGGAAGCACCGUGAGUGUGAUGGGAGUUGUUCGGCGGCAUGAUAAUGUCCUCAUGGUAGUUCCAUCAGCGGAGCCCGUCUCGACAGGAUGCCAAUGGGCUCGUUGCCUCCUUCCCACCUACGUUGAAGGUUUAAUCAUAACAUGUGACGAAAAUCAGAAUGCAGAUGUGGUUCCCGUGUAGAUAAGCCAUAGUCUCAUCACAAAGUUUCCGAGUAAGCAUCGGAAGGAUGUGAAAAGGAAUCCGAUCAUUAUAUAUACAACUUUUCUUUUCCAGGUUUAAACUCUUAUCAGAAAAAAAGAGCAGAUAAGUUGGCCUAGAAGAUGCAAAUCAAAGAAUGCAUACUAUCAGAUAAUAAACAAGUAUUAUCUGUUAUCUAUGGAGUUACUGUACAUGAAGAGCUAAUGGCGUUAAGAAGCCACAAGGCUCUUUACCUAUUAUGUACAUAAAACUCAUCCCCUCUAGUGGGAAAUCUCACGGGAGCCGACAUUUGCAUGUUUUUUUUCGGUGAUAAUUGCCUUAAUAUUUGAGUUUUAUUA